UUCUGCCGGAGAGGCUUUGCAGCGCGAGCAGCAGCGGCGACGGCUGGCAGGGCGCUGCGCUCCGUCAGAGAGGAAGAGCAUGGCCCGCGGAGGGGAGCGCGAGGGGACGGGGGCUGCCUCCUAAGCGAGGGGAAGCAUGGGGCUUGACCACCUCCUGUUGCCCCAGGGCGCGCGGGGAAGAGGCACGAGGCGGGGCGCGCGCCUUCUUUCGCUUUCCCUGAGGGACUCCGAGGGUCGCGAGACAGCAGAGGGCUCGCGGGAGGCGCUGCGGGCGGAGAGGAGCUAAAGGCGCGCCGGUGGAAGGGGCUCGCGCUUCUCCUCGACGGGGCGGCCCUGAGGAGAGCACCUGCCUGCCUGCCUGCCUUCCUUCCUUCCUCGCUGAGGGAGGAGGGCUAAGCGAGCCUCUUUCCCUUCCCCUUCCCACAGAGCGGAGGUGCAGGAAAUCCUGAAGGAGUGCCAAGAAGGACAGAGUGGGGAGAGAAUGAAGAAGCCAGCCGAGCAGGAGAAGCAUGAGGUGGCAGCGCAACGCUCGGUUUAACGGGCUCCAGCCGAUGGUCCCAUGGGUGUCAUCAGUAUUGAUCCUGACUGUGGGAGGUUGGGGCCUGGCUGCUGUUGCUGCUUCUGGGGCUGCAUCACACGAACAGCAUGCCUCCACAACCUCUUCCAGCCAUGUGCCAUUGGACUGGCUUCUUAGUGAUCGAGGACCAUUCCACCGUGCCCAAGAGUAUGCCGACUGCAUGGAGCGCCAUCGACAGGGUUUCACCACCAGGUACAGGAUCUACAGAGAAUUUGCUCGUUGGAGGGUGAAUAACUUGGCACUGGAAAGGAAAGAUUUCUUCCACUUGCCAGUUCCUCUGGCUCCAGAAUUCAUCCGAAAUAUUCGCCUUCUGGGGCGCCGGCCCACCCUGCAACAGGUCACCGAGAAUCUGAUUAAAAAAUACGGAACCCAUUUCCUGCUCUCAGCCACACUUGGAGGAGAAGAGUCCUUGACCAUUUUUGUGGACAAGCGCAAGCUCAGUCGGAAAGUGGAACCUGGGAGCCCAUUAGUAAGUGGUGGAACUAAUGCUACUGUCUCCUUGGAAAUACUACAUCAACUGGCAGCCUCUUACUUCAUUGACCGGGAAAGCACCCUGAGGCGCCUCCACCACAUCCAGAUAGCUACAGCUGCCAUUAAGGUCACUGAAACCAGGACGGGGCCACUUGGCUGCAGUAACUAUGACAACCUGGAUUCUGUGAGCUCUGUUCUUGUUCAGAGCCCUGAGAACAAAGUUCAACUACUUGGUCUGCAAGCACUGUUGCCAGAGCAUCUGCGAGAACGUUUUGUGGCUGCUGCCUUGAGCUACAUCACUUGCAAUUCAGAGGGGGAGCUGGCCUGCCGAGAGAAUGACUGCUGGUGCCAAUGUGGGUCUCAUUUCGCACAAUGUAACUGCCCUGAGGCUGACAUCCGGACUGUGGAAGAGAGUCUUCUCCAGAUUCAGGAAGCUUGGGACACUCACAAUCAGCAGUUUCAGGUAUCAGAGGAACUACAGGCUCUGGUGAAGAAGCUCCCAGUUGACAGAUUUUUGAACAUAUCGGCCAUCUCCCAGUACUGGGCAAUGGAUCUUGAUAUUCUGCAUCGCUAUCAGAAACUGGGCAACAACUUGAAGAUGCUCUCCAAGAAGACCCAUCAGAUUGUCCGUCGCCUUUUCAACCUGGCAAAGCGCUGUCAUAGGCAACCUCACUUUAGAUUUCCAAAGGAGAGGCCUUUGACCUACUGGUGGAACCGUGCCCAGUCCCUCCUAUACUGCGGUGAGACCUCUAUGCCAGGGACAUUUGUGGAAGAAAGCCACAGUUGCAUCUGCCCCCUUGACCAGCCCUCUUGCCAAGGCAUCAUUCCUUGUGCUGUGGGGGAGGGCCCAGAAUGUGCAGCAUGCUCAGAGGAGAACGCCACUCAGUGUGGGUCCUGCAAUCCUGGCUAUGUUCUCGCCUUAGGGCUCUGUCGCCCUGAGGUUGCAGAGUCCUUAGAACACUACUUGGGUCUAGAAACAGACCUGCAGGAUUUGGAGCUCAGAUACCUUUUGCAGAAGCGAGACAGUCGCAUUGAAGUGCACUCUAUCUUCAUCAGCAACGACAUGCGCCUGGGGACCUGGUUUGACCCUUCCUGGAGGAAGAGGAUGCUGGUGACCCUGAAGAGCAACAAAUACAAACCAAGCUUGGUCCACCUUAUGCUGGCCCUCUCCCUUCAGAUCUGCCUCACCAAGAACAGCACCCUGGAGCCUGUCAUGGCUAUCUAUGUCAAUCCCUUUGGGGGCAGCCACUCAGAGAGCUGGUUUAUGCCCACCAAUGAGACUGGAUUCCCAGACUGGGAAAGGACUAACGUGGAUACUUCUGGGCAGUGCCAAAACUGGACCCUCACAUUGGGCACUAAGUGGAAGACCUUUUUUGAGACAGUCCAUGUCUACCUGAGGAGCCGCAUCAAAUCUCUCAACGACAGCUCCAAUGAAACCAUCUUCUAUGAGCCCUUGGACAUGGACCCUUCGAAGAAUCUGGGGUACAUGAGAAUCAACAGCUUGCAGGUCUUUGGCUACAGCCUGCCCUUUGAGUCAGAUGCCAUUAGGGACCUUGUCCUUCAGCUGGACUACCCAUAUACUCAAGGGUCCCAAGACUCUGCUAUAUUGCAGCUGAUUGAGAUCCGGGACCGAAUAAAUCGUCUCUCUCCCCCUGGGAAAAUCCACCUUGAUCUUUUCACUUGUUUGCUCCGGCACAGGCUCAAAUUAGCCAGUAACGAGGUAAGUCGAAUCCAGUCUACCCUGCAGGCCUUCAGUGCCAAACUGCCAAACCCAGUGGAAUAUGAGACUGGUAAACUAUGUAGCUAGCCUUGGGAAUGGGGCAGGGCUGUUCUGUCAUCCCCGGGGAGAGGACUGGAUAUUGAAGCAGAGACUUCCCAAGGCCUUACUUUCAUGCCAGUUGUGCGCUUCUGUGAGAUAGUCAUUGGUCGGCUCAGAAGACUCCAAUGUUUACAGGUUACAUGGUGCCAAACCUGGAAAUUAAUUAUUGCACAAAUCUCUGGAACCUAACAAAGAAGAAGCCAAUUGCAGUGCUUACAUUGCUGUAAAGAGCUGGCUUCAGUUGCUUGGACAGGUGACAAAGUUUCAUUUCCUGUGGUGGAAUGUGCAAGAAAAUGGACAGGCCCAUGAAGAAACGUGAAGUCGUUGGCAGCGUAAAGAAUUGACUGAUGAGAGAAAAAUGACUGAUGGCAGAGUUCUAAAAAGACUUCAGUUUUGUGAUCAAACAAAAACCUAAAACGGAGAUGGAAGGAAAGAGCAGAAGGGUUGGACAUCAUUCUUGCAAGUGCUUCAAAAACACCCACUUUGGAGAACUUUUCUUUGGCCCUUGCCUCCCUUGGCACAGUUUACUUUUGUAUUGUUUUUAUGGGUGUUUCUUACAAUAGCAUUACCAUCACAUUCUCCAUGUUCCUAUCUAAAGCUGUCAUCCUAAGCACACUUUCUUGGAAAUUAUCUCCACCAGUGUCAGUGGGAGUUGUUUCUCUCAAAGUAAUGAAUUUAGGAAUGGCGUGAAAACCUUUGAUUUUAGCUUGUUUCAUAUUUAUUUCUGUUUGGUUCACUGGCCCAUUUUAGCAGGUGGGUGGUGAGAUCUAUCCAGAAAUUGGCAGGACGUAGCAUUUGGGAUAUGAAAAGUGUCCUGGAAUUGCCCUUUUCUCCAAUCUGUCAACAGGGAAUAUUUUACAACCUUUUGUCCCUUCAUAUCAUGUGAUCCAUGCACACCUAACCAAUUUCACCAGUGGGAAGUGGCACUCAUCUUCAUUUGUCACACAGGCAGUUGUUAAAUAUGUAUUUGGAGCCCAAUGGAUGAUUGGCCUUUAUUAUUUACUUAUGUAUUGGUUUUGAUUUGUUGGUUUUUAAAAAGUAUUCUACUUUGGCAUUUUGUUAUUUGGAAUGGGAUGAUCUAUUCUAGUUAAUUGAUCCAGUUGAGUUAACACAUGUUAGCCAAAUGUAUGUUUUACUAUAUUUUGUAAAGGAGUGGGGAAGAGAGAAAAUGCCUUUUUGGAAGAAAAAAAAAAGAAAGCAGUAAACAAUCAAAAUCCUCUAAAUGACUUUA